AUGGACGUUUCAGCCGCAGAUCUCACCUUGGAAAAAGUGUUAACAGAAUGCAGCGAUGCAUGCAUGUAUCUUGAAAAGAACAGGUUGGCAAGUUUUACGUCGUGGCCAUUCGCUGAAGGCAGCAAAUGCACCAAGGAAAAUAUGGCUCGCGCCGGAUUCUACCUUUGUCCAACGGCAAGCGAGACCGAUUUGACCCGAUGUUACGUCUGCUUUCGCGAAAUGAUGGGAUGGGAACCGGACGACGAUCCAAUCAAGGAGCACGCCAGAUCUACAAAUUGCUUGUUGCUCCAGCUGGAAAAGACCGAGGACCAGCUCACGCUUCGUGAUGUUCUAAAUCUGGAACAGGCGCGCAGCAAAAACAGGAUCAGCAAGCUGUCGAGUUUCAUGGAGACACAGGCGGCAAACAAGUGGGAAACUGUCAAGAAAGACAUCAACACGAUCAAGAGAGAGGCAAGGAGUGCAAAGAAGGUCUAA